UUUCGAGCCAAUCUUUUGCGACGUACACAUGACUAUCCUUAUCACAUGGUGGCUAGAGACUGUGGCGCUGGCUGCGACGGGAGCAAUCAGAAGGAUUGAAAGUUUAAUAAUGGCUGGCUGCUGUUGUAAGCUCCUGUCAAACCCGAGUGAAGGCUUCGCAACGCUGGCAUGAGCUCCUCUCCUACCCAGCAUACCUACAUACAUUCAAAGCCACCUAGCCAACCUAGCCAACCAACCACCUCCGCAUGUUGUAACAACAGCCAAGCUUCGCGUACUCGACCACCCUCAUGAGUCUUUUUUCUUCAUUUAUUAUUGAUCCCGUUGUGCGCCAGGCACGCCGCUUUUCGGGCACGUCUGCUACGCAACCAAGUGCGGCGAGGGAAAUUUCGCGGUCGUUGUCACAUGUUAACCAGGGAAACGAUGGUGCAUCGUCAUACCCUCCGCAGGCCCAGCAGACGGCGACCGAAGCCACCGAACGCGGCGACUCCACAGCGGCCCAGGCGCAGAACGAUACCGGUACUUUGAUCGCUGCGGUUUUUGAGGAUGAACACUAUUUAGAUCCCGCUCUGCACCAAGUGCCUGCGCAGCCAUUAGGUCAGGACCUGCAGGACUCGCUCAUCACUCCAUCGUUGUUGCGUCGGGCUACAGCACCCGCACCCACGUCCAUGUCCUCGAACCCGGCCCACGUACUCGCAUCACGAUCUCGGCAACUUAACCUUGACGCUGCCUCGCAAUCCACCACGACGCUUGAUUCACAAAGCUCUCGGAGCUCAGCCAUUGUUGUUCAGAAUGCACCAACCAUGUCCGAGUUGUUGCCUGCAGACGAUGGCAUGCGCCAACUACGGGCCCGCAUCCACCAAAUCAGAGACCUACCCCUUCCAGAUGAAGAGAAAGCUCGUAUGAUGCAUCAUCUCAUGAUGGAGCGUUGGAGCGUGCUGCGACCGACAAGUCCGAGCAGCUUCCUCUCACACGACCGUCCCUCGACCCCCACCUCCGGCCAGUCGGUUUUCUCCGACUCUCAGGUUUAUUCCCCCAUCUCAGCUGCCUCUGAAGUAGACCCCGAGAAUCCAUUCCGUCUGCGACCGGGCGACACAGACCCUACCUAUCGAUCACCACCUGCUCACGACAAUCCCGACGCUGCAAACGAGGAUGAUGAUGAUCACCACGAAGACGAGCUUGUACUUGGGUGUCAACACUACAAGCGAAAUGUCAAAGUCCAAUGCUUCGAAUGUCGCCGUUGGCAUACCUGCCGUCAUUGCCAUGAUGCUGUCGAAGAUCAUAACCUGAAUCGGGUGAUGACGAAGAAUAUGCUCUGCAUGGUUUGCGGCACGCCCCAAAAGGCCGGGGAACAUUGUGUGCAAUGCGGGACCCAAGCAGCGUGUUACUACUGUGAUGCAUGUAAGCUCUGGGACAACAACAGCGCCAAGAAGAUUUACCACUGUGUCGACUGCGGAAUCUGCCGGAGGGGCGAAGGUUUGGGCAAGGACUAUGUUCAUUGCAAGAACUGCAAUGUGUGUAUAUCCAUCGCUCACGCCACAUCUCAUAAAUGCAUCGAACGCGCUACAGACUGUGACUGUCCGAUAUGUGGCGAGUGGCUGUUCAACUCCUCCACUGCCGUUGUGUCCAUGCCUUGUGGCCACUAUUUACACAAAGGCUGCUACAACCAAUAUAUGGAAACAGCAUACAAAUGCCCCACCUGUAAAAAGAGCGCUGUGAAUAUGGAAUUGCAGUGGCAGAAGCUUACGCAAGCAAUCGAAAGCCAGCCUAUGCCUGAACAAUUUGCUGAUACGAGAGCCAUUAUCCAGUGCAAUGAUUGCUCUGCGAGAUCCUCCGUGAAAUACCAUUGGUUAGGAAACAAGUGCAACACCUGCGAAUCUUACAACACCAAUGAAAUGCGGAUUCUUAAUGGCCCCGAAAGCGAGCAAAAUGCAAACGCCAUUCUAAGUGCCGAAGUCGAUCUCAGCAGUGGCGCAAGAUCGCCCCUCAGUGUCAGCUCGCCUGCUUCUCAGCCUCUUCGUUCACCACGCUAUUAUUUCCAACCGGACGAACCCGAGCAAACCUGGCUACCUGGACAGCUCCCUUCCUUUCCAUUCCAGAUACCGCAAUUGCCCGUUAUGCCCCAGAUGCCGCAAAUACCUCAAUUCCCCGGCAUACGGCAGUUGCCAGGCAUGCCACAGUUCCCUCAAAUGCCCCAGAUGCCUGAUCCGUAUGAAAUGUUAGAGCGUGUACGUAGAUCGUUUGAUCAUUAUCUCAAUCCAACCGGCGAAGUACCCAACGAAGCGGUCCCCAUCAUUGACCUUGAUGUGGACGAGGACGAUCACCGAGAGAUUCAAGCUACAGAUGGCACAACAGUUCGAUUGCCCGCGCUGCCCCAGUAUGUGCUUGAGCGCUUUAACCAAUCGAUCAAUCCGUUACGAAAUUACUGGACACCAACGACUGAGCAGAUUCCUACACUGGACCUGGACGAUGGCGGCAACGUUGACAAUGUUCGCCCCUGGCGUGAUAACAUAUUCAGAGAAUACAGGUAUCGAAAUCUCAAUCGGUCAAGUGGUGAUGGAGAGGAACGGGAGGCAGGGAGUGGCAGUAGCAGCAGCAGCGAAGAGAGUGCUGAAGAAGAGGAUGAAGAGGAAGCUGAAGUUGAGGAAGAUGAUAAUGAGUGGGACCUACCUGGACACAGAUGA